AUGAGUAAAUUUACAACUCCAAACUGUGACAGACUUGCAGAAUCACUACAUCGUCCAACAAAUAUUCCUAAGAUCAACAUAGAAGUUGAAGAAAAUUUCUGGUCAGAUUUCUUAGGGAUAAAAAUUCCAUGUGAAUGUUUGAAGCCUGAAUCAUAUUGCUAUACAAGAGUAGCUCCUGUGGAUGAUGAUGAAAUAGACUGUAUUCCUAGUUCCAAUCCAGAAUCGCAAUGCUCAUAUUUUGACCACUGUACACUUCAAGAGGAGAAUGAACCAGAUUUCUUAAAUUUGUCAGAGUUAAGAGAAGUAGAGUCAUUCACCAAAGAAACUAUUUCGAAAUUUGAUGAUAUUAGCUGUAAUGGUCAAUACUUUAUAGAAGAAACCUUAGAAAUUGAAAAUGAUGUUCAAAUUCCUCAGUUAUGGCAUUUGCUAUCAAGACUUCAGCCAAAGCCAGUGAAAGAUCCAUUCUGUGAUAAGACUGGACAACCAUACACUGAGCAAAGGUUGUUUCAAAAUGAAUUAACAUUUAUAAAUGAUAGUAAGAUUGGUAUUGAGCAAUCAGGUGAGACUGGAUUGGAAGUUUUUGAUACACAGAUAUUGCAAGUUACUGAGACAUUAUUAGAAGAAAUAUUUUCACCAAUUCAAUGUAUGGAGGAAGAUAUUGUCGGCUCCAGUUUUCAAGAUUUAUUGGAUUCCAGUCAGCCGGAGUCACUGAGUCCUGCAGGAUCAAGCAAGCAGCAUCAAGUACUUUAUCUAGAUGCUAUCAAAUAUUUUGCAGAGGAACUGUUCAAGAGUGGUUUUGGAGAAAGUCAUUUAGCUUGUGAAAAAGAAGAAUUUGAACAUGUCACAAUAAAACCAGAAAAUUUCUUAGAAAUAAAUGCUAAAGGAGAUAAGAAAGAAAGCAGCCAAGACAAAGUUAUCGAAUCACCUUUAUUUACUUAUAAUUCUAUCAGUUCUCAAGAUUAUAUUGAAGAUGGUAUUAAAUCAUUAGAUUGUCAGCCCUACGCUGUACCUUCCCUAAAAUCUAAAAGAUUUUUACUGAGAGACUCUGAAGAAAACUAUUUUCUGAAUAAAUUAUGGCAGAAAGAAAAAUGUUAUGACGAAGACUUGUGUAUCAGGCUACCUUAUACAGAAACCUCAGUGAAGAUUUUAAAUGUAAAACAUAUUAUGAUGAAUAUGAUGAAAAAUGUUAAAAUAGAAAAUGAAAGUAAACUUGGUGAAACUGAGUUAAAACUGUCAUGGGACCCCUUUCCACCAACCAAGAAUAAAACAUCUGAGAUAGAAAACUGGUCCAAGAAGGCUAGAAAAGAACAUGUUCUAAAACCAAUAGAAGAAUUUAAAGUAAAGAUACUAACAAGAAAAGAAGAUGAAAACACCAAGUGUAUCAGCUCUAUUUACAAGGAUGAAGAUGUAUUUCAGCCUUAUGAAGAAUACAGAGUAGAGACAUCAACAGAUGUGGAAGGACCUAAAGAAGAUGCGAACAAACCAAUAGUUGUUGAAGAAAAUGUGCAGGCAUUUAUGACACCAAAAAAAGGAAUAGCAAUGACAGUGUCUCAUCAGCAAAGUAUGCCAAAGAGACAACAUUUUUCAUCACCAACAGCCACAGCCCUUAAAUCUUUUCAAAGGAUUUCUUCUCCACCAACAAAGAUCCCUUGUCUUGAAUCCACUGACAAAUUCCAAACAACUUCAACAGCUGAUCAGCAUUCAACACCUAUAAAAGAUUCAACAUUUAAUAAUGUUAAAGGACUUGAUCAGUUGUCUCCUGAUGCUGAAAUGAUGUUGAUGUGUCAGUCAGCAGCUACAUCAUGGUCUAUGGGAUCUAGUAAAGUUUCACAAUCUUCAUGCUCUGUAGGUGGAGUCUCCUAUAAUUCCUCACCUGCUACCUCGCCAUUAAAAACAGUCUCUAUUUCAACUCAAGACAUUGAGAUGUUAUGUUUAUCACCAGAGUCAUGUCAUUCCAGUCCUAGAAACACUACCAGAACACCAAUUACACAAACUGUAAUACCUAACACAGAUAUUACCAAUGAAGAAAGAUUACCUGAGAAAACUAUGAAGUCAACAUGUUCUAUGUCUAACAAUUUAAAUCAAGUAUCUGUUAUAACUCAAAACACCGGAACAAAUGGUAGAUCAACACCUGUAGGUGAAAAUGUUGUUUCAGGGUCUAAAACACCAAUUUUAACUUCAAAAAUAGUCUUUGAUGAUAAAUUGUUUUCAGAAAUAUCAGAAAGUGUUACUAUGGAAACAGUUGAUCCAUUAGAAUUGUUUUUAAGUAUGCAGGAGAAAACAACAGUAGAUAAAGUGACAAUGGUAAAAGAUCUGAAUAACAGUAAGAUGAAAGGAAAGUUAGGUGGUCAGGAUUUUAUAAUAAGCAAACCCAUAUUACAGAAACCAAUACAAUUCAACAGAAUGAACUCACAGUGUAGGAUGGUGUCUGUACAAUUUUCAGGGCCAUUUUGUGAAGUAUUAAAGGAGUUAGAAAUAUUUGUGAAACCCUAUAUAAGUUUAUUACAGAAAACAGGGGAUAUUCCAUUGUCAUUUAACUAUCAUACAACUAGUAUAGAUUCUACUAGAUUUCUACUUAAACAGAAAGAAAAACAACUACUUGAUUCUCAUAUCAAUAUUGAGAAAGAUGAGAAUUACAAAGCCAUGCUAUUACUUCAUUGUAUAAAGACGACAACUGACAAUGUUAUCAAUAGUUGUUUAGAAUCAGCUAUUUCACAACUUAGUUUACUACAAGAUAAAUAUUCUCAUAUAUUACAAUCAUCAUUAAAAGAAAUACGACAGAAGCUGUUCCAUCAACAAUAUCAGUAUCAAAAUGAGAAUAUUAUACAUCCUAAAAUAUUAGCUGUUUGUAGAGAGGCUACCAAUAUCUUACAAAGGAGAAGAACAGAUAAGAUACUAAUAGCUGUAAAAAGACCAAUUAUGAGUUUAAUGUCUGUGUUAAAAGAUUGUUUAACAGUAGAUGGUUUCAUUAUACCCUAUAUUGUUCAAGAAAAUGAUUGUUGGGACCAACUCAAAAACCGUAAAGAUAACUGUUAUAUUCUGUGUCAGAAGAAAUUAGAAGAUAUAGACCUAAGUGAUAUUCUAUGCUUAUUUGAAUAUGAAAGUGGUGAUGAUUCAGUACUAAAAACUGUUUGUGAUAGUAAUUCAGUUGAGUUUGUAGGGUUUAUGGUUCAAGGCACAGGUUUGGAUCAUUCUGGCAGCAGAGAUGAAGAUAAAAAUAAUACUAGAAUAGAGAAUAAGAGUGUAACAGAUAAGAACCAGAGUAACCAAUAUAGAACUAUUAGUGUGAUAGGUUCUACCAAGUUAACACAACAUAAAGACAUCUUACAAAUAUUAGAAUCAAAGUAUAAUGUACUAGUUAUUGAAAGAGACUAUACAACUUUAGCCAAAUAUUCCACAAAAUCAUAUGCCGAUAUAAUAAUAGAUCAAAACCAAGCUGUAAUAUUACAAGACUUGUUAUGUUUAAAAGAGGAGAUGAAUAUAGAACCAAUCACUAGAAAACUUGCUUCCUUCUCAUUUAAAUAUCAGAAAUGUUGGAUUAUUCUGUUUACAUUUGACAAUACUAAAGGAUACCCAUUAACAUCAAAAGUAUUAUCAAAUCUGUUCAAAUUAGAAGCAGCAUUAGGUAACAUAACUCACAAAGGACAGCAUGAUAUAUCUUUUAAGGUUUUAUUGUGCCAUCAAAGAGAAGAUAUUUGUUGUAUAAUAAGAGAAAUAUGUGAUAUGGUUUGUACAAUUUCUCCACAUGAGAAUUUAGAAAGACCAUGGUUAACUCAAAAUUUUACUAAGGAAGAGAAGAUGUUAUUAUGUCUACCUUGUUUAAAUUCAUACAGCAUUCAGCUAUUAUUAAAGAAAGCAAGUAUAACUGAAAUUAUAGCCAUGUCAUUAGAACAACUACACCGUUUAUUUCCUCAACUACCUUAUAAAGUCUUAGAGUCAUGUCAUAAAGCAUUCCAUAAUGACACUGGACUACAAUUAUUACCAGCUUCAGCAGAAGACGAUGAAGAAUUCUACAAUAUCAAUAAUAAUGAAGUAGAAGGUCAGGACACCGUGUCUUCGAAUAGUAAAGAUGCUAAAAAAGGUCGACAAAUAGACAACUCAGAUAGAGAAAGUGAUAUAGAUCGUGUAAAAUUGGAUAAACUUAAAUCAAAUAAUAUGGAUUUAACUGAUUCACAGAUUAGUUCAGAUGGCAACUCACAAGAAAAACCAAAUCAGUAUAUUCUAGCUGAAAUGGAAGGUCGAAAAUUAAACAGUCAACAGUCACAUUUAUCAGUUGAUCAUUAUGACAGUGAUUUUCAUGGUGGAUAUGGAUAUGAAAAGGAAGGAAGAUAUAAAAAGAAUAAUUUAAACCGACGUCUCAGUCCUUCACAUAAAGCCUACAUGCGUAAAUAUUUUCCUGAGAAACACAGUGCUAAUUGUUAUUCAGAACCCAAUCUACAUACUCUUGAAAUGGAGAAUGAUUAUGGACCUUUUGAAAAAGAAAUUGACAAUAUGUGGAGAUGUAAUCAAUUGUUACAGUCAAAUGAUGUUGAUAAAACUAAGAGACAUGUACCUCAGAGUUUACUUAGUUCUAAAUCAAGAUAUCAUUCUGCUAAUUACUUGUACAGAACAUCAAGACAGACAACUCCAGAUAGGGUUUCUCCCACUAAAACCAAGAGUUUGCCCAUAGAAGGUAAUCAAUUGGUGAAAAGACUUCAAGAAAAUAAUGCUAUAGAUGUAUCUGGUAUAACCAUAAGAGAUAAAAUACAAAUGUAUGAGAAUAAUAAUAACAAUAUAACCAAAAACUUUGUGUCUACACCUAAUAUUUAUAAAAUAUCAGAAGACAGACCAAGUGUAAAGAAAACAGAACAUGAUUCCUACUUUCGAAAACCUGCCAAAUUUAGUGCUGAUUUAACAUCUACAACUAGGAAUCUACUACGCCGUCCUGUGUUACGCCAUUCUGUUCAAAACAACAUCUUUCAUCCUUCCAUACAGAAAAUUAGUGUUGGUCUUGCUCAACCUUUAAGACGUAGUCAACAAUUUCAUCAAGAUGAAGUUGAAGUAAGACCACCAAUUAGAAGAGACAGACCAACUUCAUUCGAAGAAUCACCAUCUAUGGACUUCGAUCAGAAUAUACCUUUUAGACAG